AGAAAGGUAGCAACAGAAGUGGGGAGAGGGAGGGAGAGAGAGGAGGGCAACGGGAAGAGAACAGGAGAGCCCAGGCACUUGACUUCAACCACAGCUGCCACCUCCAGGCAAAACAUCACUAUCCUUCAUUCUCAACAAAAGUGAAAACAGAACACACCAAAAAAUGAAGGGCUCUGUACUAAUACCUUGUACUAAAGCAGGUUUCCUUCUUUUUGUUUUAUUGCAAACGAGUUUGAUUCUGUAUGCAAGUGCACAGGAAAAUUCCACAAAUUCCACAAAUUCCACAAGCAGCGAAACAGUUAGUCCUGUCAAUGUGACCUCACUGACUAAUCAGACUGUAAAUGCUACAGUGACUCCCUCGGGUAAUGACACAAGCAAUGGCAAUACUGGCACAAAUGGCACAAACUCAACAACGGUGUCCUGUCGAGUCUUCUCUUGUAAUUACUCAGCAUGCUACAGUACUUUCACAAGCACAAAUGUCACCACUUGCUCAGCUCCUGAAAAUUUUUGUGAGCUGAGAAAAGACGGAGAUGCGACAUAUUCGGUGAGGUGCACGAGCAGCUGCCUCAGCGCCUGUACGAACUCCUCUCAGAACAACUGCUCCAUUAAUUGCUGCUCCAACAAUUGUGUCAACUCCACUCUCAACAGUCUACUCAACUCUUCCAUCAUAAUGACUACUACAACAACCUCCACCACCACUUCUACCACUGCUAGGAGUUCUACUGUUGCGUCCACCACCAUGGCAACCAAUGGCAAGAAGUGCCAUAAGUUGGGCUGUAGUGGAGACAACUGUUAUCAAGGCAAUACUAAUGUUGCACUGUGCGCUCCUGGUCAGAACUUCUGUAUGCUGAAGAAGACACUGACUGUAACAGUGACAACCUGGACAGCAGGCUGUAUCGAGGACUGCAGCAAAGAGACAGUGUGCACCUCCAGCAAUAACAACUGCAUCCUAGAGUGUUGUAAUGCUACCACCACAGCCUCCUGCCUCAAGCUGAACGGCCAAGUAAACAUUGUCGGCUCUGGCACUACGGCUCCAAGCUCUCACGUGCCACUCGUGAUAUCUUCCUUCUUCCUCUGGUUGCUGAUCAUGGGCAAAUCUGCAGAUUAGAUUAUAAGUGUCCAAUGAGCAUGAGCACUAGCUGUUGAUCACUGAUGGGAAACAUUGUGUGUGUAUGUGUAUGUGUGUAAGUGUAUGUGUGUAUGUGUUUGUGUGUGUGUGUGCGCGCAUGUGUGUAUGAGGAAUUGUGUGCUAUAUUUAUUUAACUGCAUGUCAACUGAAGCGUAUACACGAUAUGUUCUAUGAAAGAAAAUAUACUAUAUGAUGAGAAAAUGUCUAUAAUUUAAUGAUGUAUAAUCCAUACCUUAAGCUACAAGCAGCAUAGCGGGAACAAUUGCAUUAGUGCUGACAAAUUCAUUAUAUAGAAAUAUAUAUUAAUUGUCUAUCUUAGUUUAGUAUGCUUUCGUUACCAUUUGCAUAUGACAACAUGACUUGUUUUGCAGCACACAGUCCAAUCACUUAGAUCCUUUUCGAUUGGUGUCUAUUAUUUUCAGAUGUUUGGGUAAUGUGGAUCACAUUACCUGUUAAGCAGUCGUUCUUUCUCCUGCCAAAGC